AUGACGCAACAGCCAAACGAGGCCAUUCCAGCCAGCGAUGUCGUGGAAGAUGAUACUAAAGAGCCCUUCCAACUGCCCGUUUCUGCUUCGGAUACUAGUGAGGAUGUAGAGGCGAAUAGCAGCGAGGAGCAGUGCGACACACAGUGUACUACGCCCGGAGAAAAGGGCGGAGAGAAUUCAAAUUCAAAUGCAGGUCAUGCUUCGGAGAAAUCCAGCGCUAUCGUCCAGGACCAGCCAGGAUCGACACCUGAGGGACCUCCAGAUGGCGGAACGGCAGCCUGGAUGACGGUUGUUGGAGGGUUUUGCAGCAUGUUCGUCAGUUUUGGCUGGACUAAUUGUAUGGGGAUAUUCAUCGACUACUACCAGACUCACCAGCUGAGCGACAUGUCCACCAGCUCCAUAACAUGGGUCACAUCCCUAAUGACAUUCAUGAUGUUCUUCGGGGGGCCCUUCGUCGGCAUCCUCUUCGACAACUUCGGCCCCCGCUACAUCAUCCUAGCCGGCACUAUCCUCCACGUCCUUGGCAUAAUGAUGACCUCCAUCUCCACCGAAUACUACCAAUUCCUCCUGGCCCAAGGCAUCUGCAGCCCCAUCGGCACCAGCGCGCUCUUCCACGCCAGCAUCAACUCCAUCAGCACCUGGUUCCGCCGUCGUCGCGCCCUUGCCCUGGGCAUCGCCACCGCUGGCGCUAGUCUCGGCGGCGUCAUCCUCCCCAUCAUGCUCACUCGACUCUUCCACCUCCUCAACUUCGGCUGGGCCAUGCGUAUCUGCGGCUUCCUGAUCCUCUUCCUCCUCGUCAUCACCAACUUCACCAUGACUUCUCGUCUCGUCCACACCAGAAAACAAUACCAUCUCCGCGACUUUGUCCGCCCCCUGCGCGAACUCCCCUUCAUCCUCACCACCGCCGGAACCUUUUGCUUCUUCUGGGGCAUGUUCCUCCCGUUUUCUUUCAUUCCCUCACAGGCUCAGCGCCACGGCAUGUCUAAUACCAUGGCUUCGUACCUGAUUCCUGUUCUCAACGCAGCUAGUAUUCCAGGCCGCAUAAUCCCCCCUUACCUCGCGGACGUCUUCGGACGCUUCAACCUAAUGAUCCUCACGACGCUAGCAUCUGGGAUCCUUGUUCUCGCGCUCUGGCUUCCUUCUACCGGCAACGCCCCUGCCAUCGUCUUCAGCGCCCUGUAUGGCUUCACCUCCGGCACGGUGGUGAGUCUUGCCCCUGCGCUGGUGGCCCAGAUCUCUGAGAUCAGGGAGAUCGGUGUGCGCAGCGGAACGUAUUUCUGUAUUGUUUCGUUUGCGGCGCUCACGGGGACGCCGAUUGCGGGGGCCUUGUUGCCGGAUCCCCUUGGGGGAAGUUAUACGAAGCUUUUUAUAUUUUGUGCGGUGGUCAUGUUCUCGGGGGCGGGGUUUUAUUGUGCUGCGAAGGGGAGGAUUGGGGGGUGGAGAGGGUGGUGGGGAAUGAGGGUUUGA